AUGUUUGCUCGAGUAACCACCUCGGCGCAUGUCUGCUUGAGAUGCCAGAGGCGUCUUGCCAAUAUCAUCCCAGCCAAGUCAUCCCAACUCAAUGUGCCAUCAACGUCACGACGAUGGCAAUCCAGCGCAGUCGCCAGGCUCGAGGAGGAGGAGGAAGAACAUCUAAAUGCCCCAUCGACACCAGCUCUAACACAGACGCCGCCAAAAUUCAAAAGUUUUACUCGAUGGCGCCCGCCCACCUCGAAGUCGGCUGAGCUGGGCGUCAAUUCUUUAGGCAAACCUGCAGAGGUCUUAAUCCUGCCAGCCCAUGACCGCAAAAUCCCAACCUUGGCCACAGAGGCAGGAGGGCAAGAAGACUCUGUUGCUACUUUGCAAGAAUCCCUGGACUCGGAGCAAUCCCACGUAGAUCCGGCCAGUCUGCACAGGGCAAUUGGACAAGUCUACGACAAAUUUCUAGAAUCUAGGGAUGACAUCGCGCCAGAGAUCACACUGGAGGAGUAUAAUUCUAUGCAUCAUCAAAUGCUACGAGCUUUUACUCAAGCCCAACUACAACAUUAUCUCCUUGCCCGACUCCCUGACAAUCACCCCUUCAAAGUGAAGUCCGAGAGAAGCAUGAAGAGAAGCAUGAAGAGCAGGUCAAUACUCAUCUCGAAGAUCUUCACUGAGGUCUGGGGGCUGGUCAUACCGAGUAAUGCCAUAAAUGAAAACAAAAGUUAUAACUACAUCCCGGACGAGGCAACGUUUGAGUAUUUGUUAACCGACCCAAGACAACCAUUGAGCACUAUUGCAAAGGAGAAAAAUGUCACGAUAAACGCCUUUCGUCGCGAGCGACGGUUUGAGGUCUCGGGCACUCCUCAUGCUGCCAAAUCAGCUAAGAAGGCCAUUAACAACUUUCACAAAAACAAAGAUAACCUCCAAUCAAUUGUUGUUAAUUUCAUGUCAAAAAAGCAAUCAAUUUAUGCAGAUCCCUCAAUGCGUGGUGCUGUGAAGGCGUUUCUGAGACGGGUACAAGAGAAAUAUCAUCUGCACAUCGCAAUAGGGAAAACGACUAUCAAAAUCGUGCAUCACAAUAUGCCCCAUGCCGCCAAACAAGCUGCCGAUGAGAUCAGAAUUGCCGGUGAGUCAAAGAAGGAAAUCCGCCGGGUACAUAUCUGCCAGCCUCGAAAAUCCAGUCAAAUGGCACUCGAAAGAUACCCUACUCCACCCGAAUUUCCCCUCGGGAUUUCGCAGACGCCUUGGAGUAGGUUGAUGACCACAAAUAUCGAAACAUCAAUGUCCGAUCCUUCAUCCAUGAGGCCCCACUCCAUAUCCGAGGCUGCCACUAUAGUACAGAAGCUUUCAGCCUUCUUUGAACCCAGCAAGUUCCUGUCUGCCCCAACCACCCGAAGUAACGUCCGAUCUGAGGUGACUGCGAUAAUUGGCCAAGCACUUUUCCAAAGCAAGCCUAUACCACUGGCAGCAGAGAGAGCUGUAAAAAGGCCACUGGCUAAUACCGAUAGUCAGUCUACUGAGCUGUCAGUAUAUCCAUCAAACACCUCACCAAGCGUUGAAGGAAAAGGAGAACACAAGAGGGUGGCCGACCAACUCAAAUCGAUGGCAGGCCCAACAUUUGCGGGCGACCUUCCUUUUACGCUACAACAACUUAUCAAUCUCGAUUCAUGGAAAGAGCUUCCGCUGCACACACAGCGGGACAUUGUGACAGACCGUGGCCAAAGCAUACACCGUCUGGUGUUUGCUUGUGCAAAUAUUGAGGAAUCCAAUAACUGGCCUUCUUUUGAAGUAUAUGCAAGUUCGGCUCUUGCAGCCCACACAGCGGAAAGAGCUGAACUGACAGUGCUAAGAAUUUCUGCCAUUCACGCACAAAGAUCUUUCUAUGCGUUGUUUCCAGAAGGCCAAAACGAUGUGAAGUUUACUCAGCAAAUCAAGCAUGACCUUGUGUACCCGAACAAAAACAAACUCGUUGCUCAUGCGUCGACUUUGGAGGCUUUCAGUGAGUACUUUAAAAGUGCCCAGCUGGUAGAUGGCACCAGAUGGAUCUUUGAAUCCCCUCUAAAUCUUCCUGUUGCUUUCACGAUGCGGUCCUUCGCAGAGAGAAGGCGUUUAGCUCCCUGGGGGAGAGCAGAGAUUUCUGAAGCAGGCAACACGACAUACGACAAAGCUCUAUCAAAGGUCGGAUACUACCUACACAGUAUGGAAACUGUCGAAGCGGAUUCCCAUAGCGUACCAGUCCCAAUCACCCCCGGUGGGUCUGAAACAGCUACUCUCAGCCUCGACAACAUAACAUUCAGUGGUUCUAAUGUGACGAGGCAAGAACUCCGACUUUCUGACCGACCAUUGUUCUCAACUCCAAGCCUAAAGAAACUAGAUCUCACUACUCUUGUGAACGGCGCAAUGGCACUAGCAGAACAUCUAGGGAAGGAUCCA